ACUGGAGCUCUUGCAAACUGGUCGUUUGUAAACACCAAAGUGGGUGGAAGGAGGAGCAGGUCCUAAUCUUUGGUCCUGAAUCCAGCUCGGCUCUUCCUGCUGACUUUGUGAAAAGGGAAUUAAUAAGAUUCCCCGGCUCCACAAGUGUGUAGUUCAGGGCGCUCGAGUUUGGGGGUUCUUUUUGCAGUUUCGCCUCGGGGCGGCCAGGGAACCAUGAGCGCCCAGCAGUGCCGGAGAGUCUGGCUGCACCCAGUUGCUCGCAGCGCGCGAGGCCUUCUCUGGGCUCCGCAGGUGGGACUCCGGCGCGUCCCUCCGCUCGCUUUCCCGAGUUGCUGGACGAGGCGCCAGCCUGCAGCCCGGCUCCUUCUCCCGCUCAGCCGCUCGUUGUCCUCGCGGCCAGCAGCUCCUGGAGGCGACUAUGAGGCGGUUUUCAGGGCGUCGGUGGAGGAGCCCGAGAAACACUGGGCUGAAGCGGCUCAGGGCAUCGACUGGCACAAGCCCUGGGCUCAAACCAUGCAGAGGAGAUAUCCCUAUAGCACCUCCUGGUUUGUUGGUGGAGAGCUGAAUAUUUGUUAUAAUGCUAUAGAUCGCCAUGUCAAGAAUGGACAAGGGGACCAGAUUGCUAUCAUCCAUGACAGUCCUGUAACAAAUGCUAAAGAGUUUAUAACUUACAAAGAACUUCUUGAACAGGUUUCCAAGCUAGCUGGUGUCAUGAGGAGCCACGGUGUGAAGAAGGGAGACCGUGUUGUCAUCUACAUGCCAAUGAUUCCACAGACGAUGUACACAAUGCUGGCGUGUGCAAGAAUAGGAGCUAUACAUAGUCUCAUUUUCGGCGGAUUUGCUUCAAAAGAGCUUUCAAGUCGCAUUGAUCAUGCCAAGCCCAAACUGGUUGUAACGGCAACUUUUGGAAUAGAACCUGGAAGAAAAGUCGAAUACAUACCACUUUUAGAGAAAGCGUUGGAGAUGAUAGAGCACCAACCUGACAAAGUUCUGGUUUAUAGCCGCCCUAACAUGGGAGAUGUUGAUCUUAAACCAGGGCAUGACCUGGACUGGCAUGAAGAAAUGGCGAAAGCAAAGCCAUGUGACUGUGUCCCUGUCCUUUCAGACCAUCCACUUUAUAUUCUGUAUACAUCAGGAACAACUGGCACUCCCAAGGGUGUUGUUCGACCAACAGGUGGCUAUGCCGUUAUGUUAAACUGGACCAUGUCAGCUAUAUACGGCCUUAAAUCUAAAGAGGUUUGGUGGGCAGCAUCUGAUUUAGGCUGGGUGGUUGGCCAUUCUUAUAUCUGUUAUGGACCUCUCUUGCACGGGAAUACAACGGUUUUAUACGAGGGGAAGCCUGUGGGAACGCCAGACGCUGGAGUUUUUCGUGUGCUCGCAGAGCAUGGAGUCGUAGCCUUGUUUACUGCACCAACUGCAAUUAGAGCAAUCCGUCAACAGGACCCUGAGGCUAACUUGGGGAAACAGCACAGCCUGACAAGGUUCCGAACACUCUUUGUAGCUGGUGAACGCUGUGAUGUGGAUACGUUAGAAUGGUGCAAGAAAAUCUUCAAGGUUCCGGUUUUGGAUCACUGGUGGCAAACUGAAACAGGAUCUCCAAUAACAGCUUCUUGUGUUGGCUUAGGAAACUCGCUAACUCCUCCCUCAGGACAGACAGGAAAACUGGUGCCUGGAUACAAUGUGAUGAUUCUGGAUGAUGACAAGCAAGCUGUAAAAGCGAAGACUUUAGGAAAUAUUGUGGUGAAGCUGCCUUUGCCUCCAGGAGCCUUUCUGGGCCUUUGGAAAAAUGAGGAUCUGUACAAGGAAAUAUACUUCCAGAAAUUUCCAGGAUACUAUAAUACUAUGGAUGCGGGUUAUAUGGAUGAAGAGGGCUAUUUGUAUGUGAUGUCUCGAGUGGAUGACGUGAUCAACGUUGCAGGUCAUAGGAUUUCAGCAGGCGCAAUUGAGGAGGCUGUUCUUUCCCAUAGCGCUGUGGCAGAUUGUGCAGUUGUCGGCCAGGAAGACUCCUUAAAGGGCCACAUCCCACUCGCUCUGUGCGUCCUAAGAAACGGAGUAAACACUGAAGAGGAAAAGCUUUUGGAUGAAAUUGUAAAGAGAGUUAGAGAAAAUAUUGGCCCUGUGGCAGCCUUCCGGAAAGUAGUGUUUGUGAAACAGAUACCAAAGACACGUUCUGGCAAGAUACCACGGUCAGCUCUUUCUUCCUUGGUAAACGGCAAGGCAUACAAGAUAACUCCAACCAUUGAGGACCCGGCUGUGUUUAAACAUGUAGAAGAAAUGCUGAAGACCAAGUUAAAAGUGAGCUCCGCACCUAUCUGGAUCCAGCUCAGUACUUCAAGUCCAGCAAGUGAUUAUCAUGAUCAACACAGAGAACAAGAGUGGAAAUAGCAGUGCCUUGGGCACAGAAGGAAAAAAUGGCCCUAUGUAAGAGCUUACCUGUAGGUAAAACGAUGAUGAUGAUACAGAACAGGAGAAGCCCUUGGUGGUGAGUGGGCUUUCCCAUCAUUUUUCAACAAAGGCUUAUUUUAUAUUGCCCUGUAAGUACAAAUUCAUCCCAGUCUUCUGGGCCAGUCUGCAUAGAAAAUGGAGGUAAUGCUGAAUACCUUUAGGAUGACCAUUCCUCAGUGGUGUAGCACACACUUUUACGCUGAAGGCCCUCUUUUCGGUCUCUGGCAUCUCCAGCUACAGCUGAGAAAACCUGGAUAGAUGCUGCCAAUCAUUGUUAUAGGUAGAUGGACCAUUGAUCUGACUUUGUAAACCAGUUUCCUGUGUAGAAGCAAUGCCAUUUUUUGUUCUGUUUAAUAGAGUUUCAGUCUUAGUACUCAAGGUGCAAUCUUAUACGUGUUUGUUUAUUCAACCUUCAUUUGCUUUAAGACAUCUGUUGCAUAUUUUGGCUUCACAGACUAAACAGCAGAGUCAAAAGGGGAGUUGAAGAAACUUUAGAAAGUCUUCAUAGAACUUUGAUUAGAGUCAAUCAAAUGGUUCGAAAUAGCGCAUAGUAUUGCCUUCAUAGAACUGCAGUUCAGGAUGCAUGUGGAAAAUGUUACGUUUCUCCCACUUCAAAAGCAUGUUUAAAGCAGCUGCUGGUUCCCGGAAAGCAGCAGUAUUGUAGAAGCUGAGGGUGGUGGGAAUGGGGAGAAUCACAGAAUUGUAGAGUUGAAAAGGGACCAUAAGGGUCAUCUAGUUCAACCCCCUGCAAUGCAGGAAUCUUCUGUCCAAUGUAGAGCAAAUUCCAUCUCAGAUACCCUGGUGGUGUAUUCAGUUUGGCUUAAAGUCUCUCCACAGCACAUAGAGGUGGGGACUUAAACAUGACCUUUUACAUGAAUGGGUUGGGUGAGAAAGGGAGUGGGAGAGCAGGAAAAAAAUGAGCAGCAAUCCCAGCUGUGUUUGUGAGAGUGUUUGAGUGCAGAAGAGGCGGUUGGAGAGGAGAUCUGAGAAACUCGUGGAGUGAUUUGGAGAGGGAACAGAGGGGUUUGGAGUGUGAGGGAGGUGGUUGGCAGAGCUUCAUACAGCAGAAUAGUCCACCAAAACACAAAGCAUCAUCACCAUCACCAUCAGCUUCUGAGAAAACAAAAAAGUAGAGGGUGGUUCUCAUGCUGAUAGAUGUGUUGGCUUUGUUGGAUUGCUUGAAGGCUGGCAUGUCUGAGUGCUGUGGCAUGCAAAUUUGGCCAGAAUGAGUCCAGCAUCCAUACCAUCAAGGUGUAUGAAAAGGAGAUCCAUGGGGCUGUGGCAGUAAGCGCACCACUGACUGCAGCGAGGUUUAGGACAAGGCUUUGGUGGAGACAGAGAAAGCACUGAACUUGUGACUGGAGGACACAAACCGGAAACAUGUUCCAUGGAUGGCAAGCAUAUUGUGCCAAAAGACACCGAACCUCUAUGACUUCAAACCUUCUAUCACAGAUGUGGACCUGCUUGCUAUGAAAUUUGAAGCCAGGCCAGGUUGACUUAACAGCUUUCAGAUCUACUUGGAACUCAGCCUCAAGUUCAUCCAUGGGAUUACAGACACUCUGAGACUAUACAAGAAAAUGUUUGAUGAGCUCAAGAGACAACAUCGGCAGCUGCCAAUCACCAUGUUCCUCACACAGAUACCAGCCGCUGCUGUCAUAGCAGCAGAUGUGCCUGUGGAACCCACCUCUGAAUCUGAACCAUAGCCAAGCACUUCUCAGUCUUCAUAUAAUCAGAAGCAUCAUCCAGCGAGGGAAGAGGAUGACUUCAUUCGUCCCUCACAGCUACUUGGCUACACCUCAGAGACCAAAGGCUUAUUAUGUGUAUGUCCUUCGAAUCCUGGGACCCAGGUAUCUGCAGGACUGGCUCUUCAUUAAUUUGGAACAGCAGCAUAUGGAAAUCGUAUAUGGGAGUUGGUUCCUCUGAUAAGGUUGACUUCCGAGAAGUCUCAGCAAGGCCGUCUUGGAUAAACAUGUUAUUAGACAAUCAGCUGUCUAAUGCCUAUUAUAAUGAAGAAAUGGAGGGCAGCAUUUUUCUAUAUAACUGAAAACUUGAAGAUCAGGAUUUAUUUCCCCUUGAUGUUUGUUCUAUGCCAACGUUGGCCAGCAUUUGAAGAAUUUGGAAGGCAAAACCCUUGUCAGCACGAAUACGUGCGAACUGUCGAGCUGUCUAGUCUCUGCAACCGCGCUGACGCCACUGCAAAUUGAUAACCAACACAACAAGAAGAAUCUUGGAAUUAGAGGAAGAGGAAAAAAACAUGGAGCCCACUCUGUAAGCUGUCUCAUAUGAGAGAGAUCAAGGAUGCAAAGCCCUCAAAUAUUCUACAGUACCUCUCCACAAUCAUGCAUUUCCUGGUACCAUGUGCUGCCUUCAACAUGGAAGUUCAAGAUUCAAUGUUGUAGUUAAAAGAGAUAUUUCAUUAAUAAGAAAACACCCAUGUAUGUACAACAUUCAUCAACUGAAUUAAACUCUUCUAAAACUGACAGGUUUUUUCUUAACAUUGUAGUCAUCAUAAGGAUACAGUAACAUAUCAGUAUGGGCUGUGUAUGCAAAGGGGACUGCAGAAUGAGAGAGGGGAAAGCCUGAAAAUGGGGGUGAUCUCUGUGAAGGGAAAGUUCAAAAACAAAAAGAGGAAGGG